UGGGAUGCCUUUAAUGUGGAAGUUGUAGGUAGUAGUUGCUCCAAUAGCCUUAACUGCCUUCAAUCCCCCAUACCUUCCUUCCAAAUCAAAAUCAAAAUCGAAAUCGAAUUCCAUAAAUCCAUGCGGGUUUCUGAUUCAUUUCUUUGAUUUCAUACCCAUCAUCACAAAUCUCAUAACCAUACACUUGGGGGGUUGUAGAUUCAAUUCAAGAAACCAUGAAUGCAAAUGUUUGGAAGAGAAGAUCUAAAGAGAUCUCCGCCAAUGAUGACGAUGAUUCAAAACACAGACACAAAUCCCAUCUUCUUGGUUCGAACAAGAAGAGAAACAAGAACAAGAACAGGAGGAUUGUGGAUCACAAGACCCCGACAGAGUACCCGUUGUUGAGAUUUGAAGAAUUACCGGAAUACAUGAAGGAUAACGAGUUUAUUUUGAAUUAUUACAGAGCUGAUUGGCCUUUGAAACAAGCCCUUUUUAGUCUAUUUCGUUGGCACAAUGAAACCCUAAAUGUAUGGACGCAUUUAAUUGGAUUUGUUGUAUUCUUGGGGUUGACCAUUACAAACUUGAUGCAUGUGCCUCAAGUUUCAGAUCUUCUCAGUUUAUUAACUUGGUCUUUCCCGUUAAGCCCAGGUGCAAACGCCUCUCAUAAUUCGAUCAUGGAUACACCAAAACUCAUUGAUUUGAAGCAUGAAUCAGCGCUAGAUAUGGAGAUCGGACCACCACUAAUGGUGGCUACACGGUGGCCGUUCUUUGUGUUCCUAGGAGGGUCCAUGUUCUGCCUCCUCUCCAGCAGCACCUGCCACCUCUUCGGCUGCCACUCCCACCACCUAAACCUUCUGCUCCUCCAAAUGGAUUACGUUGGUAUCGCCAUCAUGAUCAUAACCUCCUUCUUUCCGCCAAUCUACUACAUUUUCCAAUGUGAACCCGUGUGGCAAUUCGUUUAUCUUGGUGGGAUCACAAUCAUGGGUGCAUUUACCGUUAUAACCCUGCUCUCACCAGCACUCUCCAGUGGAAAGUUCCGUUCUUUUCGUGCCUUUCUUUUCAUGGGAAUGGGACUUUUCGGUCUAGUGCCUGCUAUUCAUGCAGUCGUGGUGAACUGGCACGAACCUCAGAGGAAUGGAAUCUUGGCAUACGAAUUGGUGAUGGCGGUUUCAUAUUUGACGGGUACUAUGUUUUAUAUUAGCAGAAUCCCAGAAAGAUGGAAGCCGGGUUGGUUUGAUCUGGCUGGUCAUAGCCACCAGAUCUUUCAUUGUUUUGUGAUCAUGGGUGCAUUGGCUCAUUACGGUGCUGCACUUGUGUUUCUUGAGUUUCGUGGUCGAGUCGGGUGCUAGUGAAUUGAAACUGUUGUGUAGGUCUUGUUAAUUCGUUCCUAAUAUCCAAUCUUUGGGUCCUAUUUAUACGAGCGAAAAUGUGAUUGAUUUGCAAGUCAUGUUUGUUGUGAAAUUGGGUCCCAUUGAUUCUAUAUGUUUGCCACAAUUUUCUUGGUGAUUUUCUUUAGUC